AAAGAUAAAAGAGUUUCCGUGUGGAAGCUGAGAGUCUCAGAGUCUAUUAAACUUGUUAUUUUUCAUUUUCUUACCUGGUUUUAUUAAUUUAAUUUAAUUAUUUAAUUAAUUGAAUCUUUAUAUUUUUUUGUCAAAAUGAUGUUACUCAAUAGAAUAUCAUUGAUUUUACUGCUUCUUAUACCAUUAAAUCUAUUCUCACCGACAAUAAGUUUUCAAGGUGUAGAUGCUGCUGAUCAAAAAAAUGAACCUAAUGCCGGUAGUGAUUCUGUAGAAGGUGAAGAUGAAGCUGCUGUUGAAGAAGAUGCUGGUGGUGAUGCAUUGGUCUCGGGUACUGGAGAAGACGAAGAUGACAGUUUAUCUUUGAAGCCAAGUCCUGAUGUUGAUACCUAUUUCAUGUUUACCAAGCCAGCUGGAAAAGGUUUAGAAUUACCUGCUAAUUCCGAUGCUCACUUCUUGGUUGGAUUUGCCAAUCGAGGUCAGAAAGACUUCAUCGUUGAAUCUAUGGGAGCCUCAUUCCGAUAUGCCAUGGAUUUUAACUUCCACAUUCAAAAUUUCUCCGCCAUACCAUACAACAAGGUUAUUAAACCAAACGAGGAAACUACAUUGGCAUAUUCUUUCUUCAUAAGUGAAGCUUACAGCACUAGACCAUAUGGAUUUACUGUUGAACUUCAUUACAAAGACAAGGAUGGAAAUCAAUUCAUGAACGCCGUGUUUAAUGAAACAGUAUCGAUAGUAGAAGUUGAUGAAGGAUUAGACGGAGAAACUAUUUUCCUUUAUAUUUUCUUGAUUGCAUUAGUCGGUUUGCUCGCUUUCGGUGCACAACAGCUUUUCUUCUCUAUGAGCAAAAAGCGAAUUUCUGCACCUAAAGCAAAAGUGGAGGUUGGAACUGUUAGUACAACGGAUGUUGAUUACGACUGGCUGCCACCCGAAACUCUUUCAGCUAUAAACAAAUCACCAAGAAAUAAGGCAUCUCCUAGGCAACGUAAAGUGAAAAGAGGAACUGGUUCUUCUGAAGAUGAAUAGUUAAUUAUUUGAAUUUAUAUAAAAAAUUGUAUUUUACACUUUAAUGGUGCCUAUAAAAAGGGAAAAACAAAACAA